GGGUUUCAGAGGGCUUGCACAGCCUGGGGGAAAAAGCUGCUGAGCAGUCUGGCUCGGUCUUCCUGAUGGUAGGAGCUGGAAGAGACUGUGGGAAGGAUGGGUGGGGUCAUUCACGAUGCUAUCGGAUCAUCGUGUGAGGAAAAUGUCCAGGAUGGAGGGGAUAGGGGCACCAAUGAUCUUUGCAGCUGUGUUCACAGUCCGCUGGAGGGUCUUGCGGUCUGCUGCACUACAGUUCCCGUACCAGACAGUGAUGCAGCUGAGCAGCACGCUCUCUAUGGUUUCUCUGUAGAAUGUGGUGAAGAUGGGUGGAGGGAGACUUGUUCUUUUCAGCCGGUGGAGAAAGUGUAGCCACUGUUGUGCCUUCUAGGAGAGUGACAUGGUGUUUGUGGUCCAGAUCAAAUAAUGGCUGGAGAAAUUUCGGGCAGUUUGAGGGGUCAAUCCUUCUACCUGCAUGUUGUGAAGAGACAUCAGUCCAUCACACUCGCUGACAUCAUCAGCCGUCUGGGAGGGAAAGUGGACAGUUUUCUCACCAAGGAUGUCGAUGUGAUUGUGACGGGAAUUAAAGAACCUCAUAGUGAUUUGCAGGUGGAUGGUUCAUGUACUGCAGGGGGGAAACAAAGUGGAGCCCCCAAACCUCUGCUUUGUGGCAGUCGUGGAAAAGCAUUACUGGAAAAAGCAAUCCACAGAAAUGAGAAGUAUCAGAGCAGUGUGCUGGCGAAUGCUCGGUUGUGGGGAGUCAAGGUCUACAAUGUAGAUGAAUUUCUAAAGUUCGUCAAUCAUCUAAAUGAGAAAAUGAAGAUAGCUAAGAAAAAAAGAAGCAAACUAACAGCUCCUCAUGUGAAAGCUGGAGUUUUGAGAAGUCCUUAUCUGAAAGUGGAGGACUCCAUUCGGAAGUUCAGACCAUUCUAUGCACAGACUCUGAGUUUCCCAGUGAUGAGUUUUUCAGGAAGAUUUAGCCCUUUUGAGCCCCUCAUUCCUCGGCAGUCUGGUAGAAGCAAGGAUGUAGAUUCCAGCGAGGACAGUUUUAGGAAGAAAGAAGCUAGUAUCAGCUGCCGUAAGUUGCUAGUGCCACUUACUGCAAGCGCCACACGCAAAGGCCCAACUAAGAAAAGUUCAGGCUAUUGUGAGUGCUGCCACGUGGUCUACAAAGACCAGUAUGAACACUUGCUGUCUGAAAUGCAUCGUUCUUUCAUUCAAAAUGACAGUAACUAUGCUGUAGUAGACCAACAAAUAGCUGCCAUGGUGGCUAGCUUUGUUUGUAAUGCAAAUCUAGAGGUGGAUCCAACGCCAAUCAAGUCAUUGACAGGCUUCUCUCAAUUACAAUUGUGUAAUUUAACUGCGACUGUGCAGAAUACUGUCAGCGAGAAUGAAAAAUCUCUUCAGACUCCACUGCAUCAAGAAUGUGAUCGUCUACUGGCAAUUACUGACAACAGAGUAAACCUCUUUCCUAAACCUAUCCAGAGUCCACCUGGUCAACCAAAUGCAACCUCGCAUCCUACAAUGCAAAAUAACACUCCUGAUCAUGGCAAUGUGAAAUUAGACCUCUACAUCAGCUGCACCACAGAUGUUCAGGACUUUCAAUCUGGUGUUCUUUGCAUGGAUAUAGUACCACAUCACAUUCCUCCAAAAUCCCAGUCAAUAGAGAAGAAACCCAAAAGCCUCUCUUCUGUCAUACUUUCAGAAGCUCCAUUCAAAAUGCUCACUCUAAGCUCUUCCGGAGAAAUCCCACGCAUAAUCUCUGGUGGUAGAAAUGUUCCUGAAUCUCAGGAACGAGGUGAAGGUGGUCAUAAUCUACAUGUGUUGCAUAUGCGAAGGGAUCUUAUACGUGGUAUUCCUAACACAGUCAACUCUAGAAAUCAAAAACCUGAUUGGGAUCAUUGUUUAAAAAUGUGCUCAAAAAGCCCUAAGAUGCUACUCCAGCGAGGUGAAGAUGAUAAUUCUGAAAGUUGUGGCCAGUAUCCGUCAGCCCAAGAUAUUUUUUGGCCUCCAGAGUUAGGCAUGUCUUACUUUUCAUUUCCACAUAUUUUACCAUUUCCACACUUGUCAGAUUACCCAUUUUCUAUAGUUUGCUUAAAAAAGCGCUGCAGGACCUUCACUCCAAGUCCAAAACUUGCCAAGAGAAGAAAGAUUAAAGAAAAGCCAAACGCAAUUCAGGGGGGUUGCAGUGAUUCCUGGAUAAGACCGUACUCAUCUGUACUUUCCACCAUGACAUGUUUACCGGUCUCCAAGGUGGGUUUUACAACAGAGAUGAAUAAUCAAACUGGAGGUAGCAUACUAGCAACCCAUGAAUCAUCACUGAAUGAGUCAUCUCUUGUGAAUCAGAUCCCAACACAGCCUUCCCUAAAAUAUUUUUCUCCCAGUACCCAUAUUUUGCCACAUCAAGUUGACCAACAGGACAGUGCUGCAAAUCAACCCUGUGUCCAUGUUAAGCAGUCGCAUGAAUUGUCUCCAAUCAAAGAUUCAGUGGAAUCCCAAAUAACCACUUACUCAUCUGAUUUGGACCCUCCUCGGUUGGUUCCAUUUUUCCACGAAGACCAUCAACUCCAGCGCCAUCCGUUUCAUGAUCCCCCAGAACUGUUACCAUUUUUUUGCCAUACACCAGAAGAUACUGUCCAUACAUCAGUAAAUAAAGCCUCAAACAGCUCAUUCCUGUCACACUCUGGAGCCUCUGUUUGCACUGAAUCUGCUCUCCUCCCUAACCUCACCUGGUCCACGGGCUCUUCUGAGUCAGAUUGGGAUUCUGGCCUGUUGUCAUGCUUUGCGGCUGGAGUUCCUCUUCAGAAUAAAGGGGCACAUGACGACGUGGGUCUGUUAUUACAAAAGCCACACACUGGUAUGCAGGAUGGGAGCUAUACAUCACGGUUGUGUUCCAUACUGCAACCAUCUUGAUUCACAUCAUUGGGAUUGAAGUUGCACCAAUCCAACAAUUGUGACUGUUGAUGAAUUCAAUGUUUAAAGCAUUUUCCAUUCUCGGUAGUCUUUAUUUUUCAGUUCUGCAAUUAAAUUAAGAUGACUACUACCAUUACUUGUGAAAUAAGACUAAUGAAUAACGAAUUAAUUGUUUGUUUUUAAUAAAAAAGAUUUAUUGUAGUGGUGUGCCUAAAUUUUGCAGCUAAUGUAUAAAUAAUUUCCUAUUUUUCAAAUAUGUUCUAUUCAUGAAGACUUCUCAAACAAUUUUUUUUUCUGGAUAAUGAAACCAUCUUGUCUUACAUAAAUAUUGAUUUAUAAAUUUUUCUUAAGAAUAUUGAACAAUGUUUGUCUCUCAGUAUGCAAUAUCUCACCAAAAACAACUAGUUUUAAUUAACAGCUAGCAAGUAUUUCAUGCUUUUCUCUUCGAGUGACCUCCAUGACCUCUCUUAUGGCUCUCUCUUGCCCUGAGUGUUGACCAUGACUUUUCAGCGGAAAUAUCCGGGAACAUGUGCUGGUAUUGAGAAUUUAAUGAGGCUUUGCUGGAGGGGCAUUAUCGAAUUAGUUUAAGUGCUGUGUCUGGCCUCGCUCCAGUUUAGAGGCAGUGUUAAUGGUAGAACAAUGCCGUGGUGGUUUUUUGAGAACAUGCAGGAUAGGAUAUACUCUGAAGGCAAAAAUCAUUUUUAAAAGACAUUUCAGAUUUCCUGUAAAUGUGCAUCUAUUGCGGCGGCAUGACUGGUCCAGUGGGGAGUGUUUAAUUAUUUAAUAUCAAUAUCAAGUCAUCUUUUAGUGACAGAACAUUCCUAUUACAGAGGUUCUGAAAGGAGUAUAUAGAGCUUGUACCACUGAUGUAGAAUGACUAAAACCUUGCACUUGAAGGAUUUUCCAUAAAAACUAGAAAUUACCUUUAUGAAGGCCUUAAGACAGUUAUACAUGUUUUAAGGCAAAAUCCUUAAUAAAUGUAGAGUUCUACAAUAAUGUUUUAUUAUUGUUAUUUAGCAGUAUGAUGAAUUAUUGUUUUGAUAUCUGUACACUUGUAUUUUACUUCUUUAGGUAAAGCAUUGACUUGUUUUGAAUUGAGUUAUUUGCUAGUCUGUUUACUAGUUUCAUCUUUCUUUCUUGCAUGUGAUAUGAUAAUAAUAUGGUAUUUUUAAAAAAUCUAUUUGAUGUAAUUCAGUCAUUCUGUGGGAUGCUGUAUCAUACAAGGAAAUGCACUUAUUUUGACCUUCCAUUUCCAGUGUGAUGAAUGAUUGAGUAGCAACCAAUCAUUUUUAAACAUAUAAUUUUUGACUCGCUGUUUGAUCGAGCAAUGAAACGUUAAGACAUUCUUUUUCUAAAUGGGCACUACUCAA